CGGCUUUCCACUUCCAUCCAUUCCAUCAUGUCUCUUCCCGCGACAAACCAAAACAAUCCUCACAUCGUCAUUUCUUAGCAAAACAGGGCCCUAGUGCCAUGUUCGAGCUCCAGCUGCAAUGCCUUCAAGCUGGUCCUCCUCCAGCCGGCGACUGAUGCUCAACAAACGCUUCAGUCGCAUGGCCAUCGCUGGCCUCUGCACCGUCAUCUUUCUCAUUCUUGUCUUUUGGGGUGCUAUCCAUGGUAGCUAUGGCGUAUCUCAGUACUAUUCUUUUUCGACGACGAGCUCUUUUCGCCCCGUGUCCGUCGACCCCGAGGGUAAGACAACCGAGGACCUUUGCGCGACAUUCCCCAAGCAUUUGCUACAAACGAUACAGCCUGUCUUAAAGAUGGGCCACGCCGACACGAAAGAAAGACUCGAUGCUCAAUUCGAUAGUGUAAGCGCUUGCUUUGGAAAGGGCGAGUUGCUGGUCUUCUCGGAUCUCGACGAGGCGGUACACGACCAUCAAGCGAUCGAUGUCCUCGCCGAUCUACCCGCCAUUUACUACCACGACAACCCCGAUUUCGUGAACUAUCUUUGGCAGAAGGAAAUGCGGGCAAAUGGCACUCUCGACGUGGACACGGAAGCGACAGCGCGCAUCCAAGGUUGGAGGAUGGACAAGUUCAAAUUCCUCCCGAUGAUCGAGCGCGCAUGGAAGAUGAAGCCAAACAAAGACUUUUACUUCUUCUUCGAAACAGAUACCUACGUCUUCUGGGACAACGCCUUCCGCUUCCUCCAAACCUUCGACCCCGAUGCGCCGUUAUACAUGGGCUCUCCCUCGCCGGGUACGCACGACGUUAAACAAGACAUAAAGACAUGGUUCGCAAACGGCGGGCCAGGCUUUGUUCUCAGCCGUGGUGCGAUGAGGGCACUCCUCGUCCGUAAGACAACGCCUUACGGGCAGUACGUCGAACCGCCAGCUACGGAAAAGUGGCUUCCCAUGCUUCGGGACGAUUGCUGCGGUGACAGCGUUACGGGAUGGGCGUUGUGGAACGUCAGUGUUCCGCUGAGGGGAUACUGGCCGCUGUUCAACCCGCAUCCUUUGCACAGCAUUCCCUUCAGCGACAAGUAUUGGUGCCAGCCUGUCAUGACGCUACACAAGUCGUCGCCGAAAGACAUGGUUGAUGUUUGGCGGUGGGAGUUUGCGCAACGACAGCUCGGGCGCCCGUUACUUUACUCUGACGUGUGGAAGUUUCACCAUCCCGGCGAUCGUGAAGUUGCAGAGAAUUGGGACAAUGGGAAAUGGGAUUUCACAGUUGCACCGCCUGAAGCAAGAAUCGACUCAUUCGAAGCGUGCGGCAAGUACUGUAAGGACAGCAGCGAUUGUCUACAGUACAAUUGGCGAGGUCGCGACGAGAAAAAGUGUGUAACUUCCAAGUCCUUCCGAGUCGGCGAGCCACGACAACCCGAGAAGAUCAUCGAGCCUGAAGUCAAAGACGACAAGGGCAAUGUUAUACCACCACCGCCAGAUCGCCAAGACCGAUGGGUGGAUUUCAAGUCAGGAUGGCUGACCGAGAGGAUUGAGCAGUGGAGGUCGAACAGGAAUUGUUCAGAAGUGCAAUGGGUUGGGCCCAGUACUAAGAGAAUCUUCUGAUUUGAUACCAGGGUCGUUGAAUAUACUGUUAGCCAGGCGUUGGGGGGGAAAGGGCAUCAUAGGUUAUAGAGCAUGCAUUCCUAGCUUAGCGAUAGCAUCUUGUAGGCGAGUCUUUUUGCUAGGUAUACUUGUCAUCGUAUCAUGAAAUACAGUACAGCAUCUGCAAGCGAGGCAUAGCUAAACGGGC